ACCACGUCACUAAUCCACUCGAUACCGGCAGCUCUUCCGAAAUCGGAGUCAAAACAGAGAGAUGUGUCUGAGUGACACAGAAGAAAUGUAAACGAUAAUGCCCUGAUGACCUUUAACUUGAUUACUGAUAUCUUAUUGGAGUACUCAUCAUUGUUUGCGUUGUGUCAAUAAGUCAAUGAGAGCCGCAAAGUGACAAAAGAUGUAGCGGUUACUAUCGAUAGCACCCAGCCGGUGACGGAAACAUUCCCUUGAGUGCUACAUCAGCUUCAGUGCCCUCCUUUCUCGUCUUGGAGACCUGCCCUCGCUUUCGACGUAUGCUGAGAGGUACGCGCAAUCAGCGUACGAAAUAGAUACUGGCAGACGUUGAAAGCACGGCAACAACCGGAGCUCAGCAAACCGAGUGCUCUGCCAGACGACCAAGCGAGGGGAAAGCACCACUGGACUACAUCGCAGCUGGAAAAUAAGUCUGAGCAACGGAGGGAGUGGCCGGAAGCAUGCGGCUCGUGGGUGGCGCCGGCGCCGCCGUAGCGCUCGGAGCCCGCUGCCUGCUGCUGUCGGCGGAGCCGACGGCCGCGGCGGUCUCGCAGGCUUCCCUGCAGACAGUGGCCGACUCGCUGAGCCGAGACCAGUGCGUGCAGCUGUACCGCACCUUGAGGCCGGCCGCCGGCCGUCUGGACCGCUCCUGCAUCCGCCUGUUGCGCGCCUGGGGCAGACGCGACGGCGAUGCCCCCGCCCUGCGCGAUGCGCUGCGGGACCUCGGCCAACCAGAGCUUGCGCGGGGCGUCGUUAGAAGUCAGGACGAGCAGGGUUCUGCGCUGAUCGCGGACAGCCUGCGGGAAGUGGCGGCGGAGGCUGCAACGGAGGAUCAGGAGAACAACGAGGAUGAUGAGGACAGUGACGACUCUGACUCGCGGCCGGCCGGACGUGACCGGCCGGCCGAACGGGACGGUUUUGGCGCGGCUGGAGUGACUCUCUUGCUCACCCUUGCCCUGCUUCUGGCUGUGUUUGGCUGCUUCUGCGCCGGCCGCGCCGUUUGCCCGGCGCUGGCCGGCUAUGAUCCCGCCGCGCGCCGGCGACGCCAGCAGAGUGUCUCGAGCCGCGUCGACCGCAUGCUGCGCGCCCAGAGACUGCGAGGCAAGCUCGCGCUGGUGACGGGCCUGACAUCUGGCGGUAGCAGGGGAAAACACGGGUACGGAGGGAUGCCCGCUAUAGAAGGCGAACCGUCUGCGGCGACUGACGAGGAGAAGGCACCUUCGAUCGAGAACAUUGCCAUUUGAUGUCUGGUCCAUGCCUGAUGUAUGAUGGGCUAGCUGAAUCAUAUUAACUUCAUGCCUCCGCAUCUUCACUGCUCUUCUAACGACCAACUUCGGACGGAAUUCAUUCGCGCUUUGAAUGCUUUGAACACAUUGAAAAACCUUCGGUACUGGAACCGCCAUAGUAAUCAUGGGUGGCACUGACUGCGGCUCUUGGCUACCGUCAGCCGCUCCACCGCCUGUCAGUGCGUCAGCAGUCAGGAAGCCGACGCAGA